CAAAAUAACGUGGUUUCAAAUGUCGCAAAGGAAGUGCAAAGUAACCAGUGUAGCCAACGAUGACGAAAAAUCGGAAGCAAAGCAAACUUCUGACGCUGAAGAAGGAAGACAAGCUAUUCGCCGGGCAAACCAGCACCAAAAGCUCAUAAUAUCAGUACUUAUAUUUACGAUCAUAGCGUGGCUGGUGGGUAAGACUGAUAUUAGCAUAUUUUGGAUUUUUACACUGCUCGUAUGGAUCUUGUUUUGGUGGAAUAACACCGCUACACAUGUAAUAGACAGUGCUGUCAAAGAAGCAGAAAUUGAUAGGAGGCGACAAAAAGCAUUGUCGAAUGGAGAAACGGCAGAAUGGCUGAAUUUUCUGAUUAAUCGAUGGUUUGUUUUCAGCGACAGAUCAUUACUGAGCUCCAUCAAAAGAAACCUGGAGCCGAUCCUUAAGGCCCAGAAGCCAUCCUACGUAGGUUCCAUAGAGAUUCUGGAUUUCACCCUGGGCAAUAGAACACCUUACUUCAAAUACGUCACAUCUUAUGAUAACUAUGACGAUCAACGGAAUAUAAAAGCUACCGAGUUAAACUUUAAUCAUCCACCUGAUGAUCUGAUGACUAGAGGCAAAUACCAGGCAGUCAUUCAGCUGGAAGCCGGUCUGACCUCUCCAGAAGCAAGAUUCGUCAUAAGAAUCAGACUUGGUAACAAGGGGUUUCUUGGCGCCUGUACUGAUGUAGCAGUAGAAGAUCUUCACAUUCACGGAAAACUGCAGCUGGUGUUGCUGUUUAAUCAAAAUAUUCCCUUUCCUCAUCUGGCAGCUGUAACAUUAUUCUUCACCGAAGAACCAGACGUAUCGUUCAACAUUCGUCUCCUGAAGGCUGUACAACUAAUGGAGUUUCCCCUCCUCAGACAAUGGAUCACACAAAUGGUCAACGAUUACCUAAAACUAGCUUUGGUAGAUCCUGGCCACAUAACAAUUCCAUUUUGCGACGAUCCUGAGGUUGUCGGAAGAGGAGCAGCAUAUGCAUGCGGUGUUCUUACUUUGACAAUCAGCGGAGGAUCUCAUGGAAAACUAACAGAUGAUCCUUACUGGUGCUCUGUUAAGAUUGAUGGUCAAAAGCGAUACACCAAGGAAGUGACGGGAGAAAAUCAAUGGAGUGCUAACGUAUCACUGUUGGUGUAUAAUCUGCAUGCUGACAAGUUGGUAAUCAAAGUGAAAGGACGAAGAAAGCUCGGCACCAAGUACACUGUGGUUGAAUAUGUCCUGUUCCUUUCAAAGUUUUGUUUGGAGAGCAAUCCUCAGCAUGAUCAAGUGCUCGAAAAGUCGUCUUUAAAACCGGCUACCCUAACAGUGCAGAUGGAGUACACACCUCUUCCAGUGAUUGACGUGUGCCACUCAUUAACCUCUGAGGACUUUGGCAGAAUCUAUUUGAGCAGACUACGAAAUCUCCACCCGAAUGAAGUUUCAGGAGUUCUACUCGUCUGUGUUCACAGCGGUCAAGGCCUGGUUCCCAUGGACAAACAUGGACGCAGUGAUCCGUAUUGUGUAAUUUAUGAAAACGGAAGACAGGCCAAGCGCGGGGAGGCCGUGAAAGGGACCCUGAGUCCUGUUUGGGACACUAUGGUUGAAAUACUUGUUGCUGACUUUACACAGACGACUUUAUCGUUUGUUAUCCUGGACAAAGACACAAAUGCUAUUAAAAUGAUCAAAGAUGAAAGAGGUGACUUCAUGGGAUCGUGCAAUCUUUCUCUCACUGAGGUAUCACCUGUGCUAUUUAAGAAAAACCUGGACUUACUGUAUAAAGUUAAAGGCUCUGGAAUGAUGAAGGCGGGCAAGCUGUGUGUGUCCGCCAUUUUUAGACCUGCUCCAUCGGUGGCCAAGUCUGAAAUGAAAGAAAAUGGCCAAGGUCUACCAGAAGGAGAACCUCCUGGUCAAAAGGAUGCUAAGACUGAGAUACAGACACUAGAGGCUUUGCUGCGUGCAGAACGAGGAAGCGUCGAAAUCAACAUUUACCAGGGACGUAAUCUGGUAGUUAAAGAUAUUACUGGUAAAAGUGAUCCGUUUGUGACAGUAAAGGAUGGAAGUGAAGGAAGAGAGAAAUAUAGAUCACGGACCAUCACCAACACGUUGGAACCCGUUUGGAGUGAGACAGCUGUUGUAGCGAUGCCCGAUGUGAAUGGACUCCUGUUACUGGAAGUGUGGGAUAAAGAUCCAUUGUCACAAGAGAGAAUGGGACAGAUAGGAUUUACAACUGAGAAACUGAAAGAUUUAGGAAAGCCUCCCUAUGAGAAGCGCUGGUACAGGCUGCGCGGGGUGAAAAGUGGAGAGCUACAACUGGCGUUCAAAUACACUCCUCCGCAAGCAGAUGAUGACACCUCCAAUACUAACAUAGGCAGUAGUGAGCCCCGACAGCACAGAGGUCCGUUUUUACUGAGUGCCAACGGCACUUUGUCGACUCCAGUGAGAGUGCUUCAUUCUUCACCUAACGAGGAAAAGGAACCACUCAUUGGUAGAGGCCCGACAUCCAUUAGCGGUACCACUCAAUCAAUGGGAAGAGACAAAGGAGGUAACGAUGAAUUCCCAGAGGUUUUCACACAAAAUACACCAGUUAAUUUGCAAACAGGGCAGGAUCGAGAAGAAUACGAACUCAAAGCCUGGCCCAGGAAAACGCGACGCCUUCGAUCAGUUGUUGACACCGUUAGAUCUCUUCGGUUUAACACAGCUCCCAGUGUCUCAGCGGCUUCUUCUAGCACGGUGAACACCUCGGGGCCAGAAGAGGGCAUUGGACAGAAGGUAGAAGGUAAAGACAAAUCCAAGAGCUCUUCAGGCGCUCAAAAAGGCAAUUCUAUCCGCAAGAAGUUCUCUUUUCUGAAGGGCCGACAGCGCAGCAUCAGCGAGAGUCAUCUGAGUGUGCUUUACUCAUCACAUGACGAUAUAGACCCGUUACUAAAGCGAAAAAGUGAAAACGAAUCGGACGGAGGCAAAAAUCGCUUCAAGAAACGUCUCCGGCGAAGCAGUGAGAAUAUUACUGGGUCUACCACGCUAAGUCGUCAAAGGAGUGUCGAGAAAAACUUCCAUUCUCUGCCAAAUAGCCCUGUCACGGUUACUUCACGAAGAGAUCUGUCUGAACAGUUGACUGACCAUAGAGACUCACGAAGCACUGCGUCUAUCAGCUUAAACUCGCGUGAUUCGAGUACAAAUCAAGAAAGUUGUCCAAUGUGUGACUAUAACGUUUUAAUUCUUAGUGAAUGUCCCGAUUGCCAGAAUUCGCAGAAGAAAAAAAUCAAUUCUUCAUUCCCAGAAAGACUGAUUCUUUAG